AUGGCCGACUACGAGCGCGAACAGCAAAAUAACGAACUCCUCAACUCCCUCUCCAGCAAAGUCUCCGCGCUGAAACACGUCACAAUUGAUAUUUAUGAUAAUGCGCGGGAUCAGGAUUCGUUGGAUCACUCGAACCAAGUCUUCUCCUCCCUCUCAACAAACCUCAAAGGCAGCGCGAACCGGCUUACGCGCAUGGCGAGACAAGGCGAUACUGUUGCUGUGCUGAAGGUUGCGGGAAUUGUCAUUGGCGCUGGGGUAUUGCUUUGGCUUAUUCUUGGGUGGAUUUUCUAG